AUGAAACAAGGAGUUUUUAAUUGGCUCAGAAAUAUGGGAAUUAGAGGAUAUUUUGCAUUGGGAAUUGCUGAAUUCUCUUCUGGGGGAGUUCAUCUUUUAGCAGAAAUUAAAUUAGAAAAAUAUUUAAUUGCAAAUUCGAAAAUUCCUUUUCCAAUUCAUUUCCAUUCUCUUCAUCAUGAACUCUAUCGUUUUAUGCCUGGUAAGCAUUUUUCUAACUAAAAUGUAGAAUUGAUUUUGGAAUUAAUUGAGAUAAUAAAUGAUAAUUUUUUGUUUUUUUCUAAAUAAAUGUCUCAUGAUUACCAGAAUAUGUCUGUUGUGUAGAUAGAUUAAGGAUUUAUUUUUUGAUGGUACGACGGGCAGGCACUCUUCAUCUGAAUUAGUGUUGUACCCCGAACGCUCAGGGGCGGGUAUGUCGGGGUACGGGGUUUUCGAAUUGUUUCGG